CCGGAGGUGUCGUCAUGCUCCUUCAGUUUUCCCUCUUCCUCUGCAGGCUCGGUGGCUUUGACCACGGGGACAAACGGAAGGCAGCCAAAAUCUUUCAGAAAGCUGCAGAAUGGCGCAGGCGGUACAGAGACUGGUAGCCAAAGUGCCUGGUUUGGUCGGCGGCGCUGUCACGUACGUCAGACCCAGACUAGCGACCUUCUGGCACUACGCUCGGGUGGAGCUGGUGCCUCCGUCCCCGGCUGAGAUCCCCAAAGCCGUGGAGGCCGCCUCCGGCCUCGUCAAGAGCUACCAGGCAGGACGCCUCGGACAGACCACAGUGAAGGAUGCGAUCAGGAAUGGACUGGUGACCACCGAGGUGCUAAUGUGGUUCUACAUUGGAGAGUGCAUAGGCAAAGGAGGCAUUGUCGGUUAUGAUGUUUGAAUGUUGGACCCCUCUUUCUCAUUGUGCACUUCUGAUCAUUAUGUUCUCAACGUCUUGCCUCAAAUGUUCUAAUAAAGAGAUAUCUAUAGUUUGAGAGAUA